AUGACGAAAACAGCGGUGGAGUUUGUGCAGUGCGUGAUCCCGGACGAUCCUGUCCGGCGCCGCGCGGCAUUGGUGGACAUCGUGCUGCGCCACUGCCUGCACAUACUGCUGCCCAACAAGCCGUCGCCGACGACGCAGCAGAACUGCGUCCGCGCGCACGUCAGAAACGGCCCUGGCGCGCAUGUCGCGAACGGGGAAGCGGUAGGCGCGGACCAGCUGUGCGUGGACCGGCUCUCGGGCGGCAUCACCAACGAGCUCUUCCACGUCUACCACCCGGCUCACAAAGCACACUCCGUCGUUGUCCGAGUCUUUGGAAAGGAGACGGAGCGUGUCAUCUCUCGCGAAAGUGAACUCUUCUAUCAGUCCAUCUUCAUCCCUACAUACGUGCGGGGCAUAAACUUCCUCGUCUACGAGUUCCUGAACCUCCACGAGGCGCUGCCCUUCACAGAGAUGCCGGUUGAGCAGGCGAAGAUCGCGCACGAGCUGGCCUCGUUCCAGGUGCGCGCCACGCUGGAGGCGCGGAGCGACCACCACAAGCCGGUGCUCAGCAGUGAGGAGCGGAUGUAUUGGGACUCGGUGGGUCCUACACUUGGCGGCGGCGCCGCGUUCGGCGUCUGCCGCUUCGACUGCGAGGAGAACUAUACGAUACACGCGCUGACAAAGUGGGUAGAUCAGAUGCUGUCGGACGGUAUUCUGCGCAAGAUGAAUGCGGAGAGGCGGGAGAAGUAUUUGGGCACAGCGCGGCAGCUGAAGCGCGAGGCAGCGUGGAUGUGUGAGCUGCUGCUGCGCCACGCGGCAGAGCUGAGCGAGAGCGUGUGUCACAACGACCUCCUUAGCGCGAACAUCAUGCGUCACACGAAGAGUGGGUUUCUCAGGAUCAUCGACUUUGACUACGUGAAACGAAACUACCUCCUCUUUGACAUCGCAAACCACUUUAAUGAGUACACCGGACUAGAGUGCGACUACGAUCGGUAUUUUCCCUCUGACAACGCCAUGAUGCGGUUCAUUGCGGUGUACCGCCAAACCCUGCGAGCGGAGCUGCAGGGGCACCGAGACGAAGCAAGCCGCAGGCAAUUAGACGACAUCAUACCAGGGCAGGAGCGCCUGUUUAUGUGCGGGGCGCAGACUGAGUCUGGCCAAUAUGAAGAUGAUGAAGAACAAGAGCAACGAACGAUUGAGCAUUGGGUCAGACUGGUCAAGCUCCUCACGCUGGCAUCGCAUCUCAGCUGGAGUAUCUGGGCUCUUCUCCAGGAGGCUGUGUCAACGUUAGAGGUGGACUUCUUUGAAUACGCCCGGCUUCGUCUGGCACGCUACCUUGCAACAAGGGAUGCGUUCUCCGCGGAAUUCGUGUGA